AUGGAUGGACGCCCGUGCUUACUGCCCCGGUGGCUUGGUUUCUGCAACUCCCUGACUCGGGAUACCGCACUCUAUGUCUCUAAAACUACGAUGUCAAAUGGUCGAGCCUACACACCACAUGUAGCACACUUCAUACAUUUACCAUCUAUUACUUUUUCGGGCUUAGGCUUCCUGGGCCCUAGCUAUUUCUACGUCUUUCUUUGCAAUGAAUACUAG